AUGCAUUCAUGACCACAAACGUCACAACAAGCCAAAACAUUUUUUAUGCAUAAUUCUAAAACAUUUAUUUCAGUCAAAAUAAAGAAGUGUUCACCAAGAAAGAUUUGCUAGAAGUUUUCUUGCAUCCCACACACUUUGUCCAAACAGCUGCUAUAUAUAUACAAAAUAAAUUUGUAUAUAUCUACUGUCUCCACCACGCUUCACCAUCAUCACCACCACAAUCCACCAUGCCUCACCGUAUCCUCCUUGUACCAUACCCCGUACAAGGCCACAUAAACCCAGCCUUCGAAUUCGCAAAACGACUCAUCACUUUAGGUGCACAUGUCACCAUCUCUACCACCGUACACAUGCACAACCGCAUCACUAACAAACCUACCCUCCCUAACCUCUCCUACUACCCCUUCUCCGACGGCUACGACGACGGCUUUAAAGGCACAGGCAGCGAUGCUUACUUAGAAUACCAUGCAGAGUUUCAACGCCGCGGCUCAGAGUUUGUCUCAGAUAUCAUACUCAAAAACUCACAAGAAGGUACCCCUUUCACUUGCUUAGUUCACUCCCUCCUCCUUCAAUGGGCCGCAGAAGCCGCACGUGAGUUUCACCUCCCGACGGCUUUGCUUUGGGUUCAACCAGCUACUGUGUUUGAUAUCUUAUAUUACUACUUUCAUGGCUUCUCUGAUUCAAUCAAAAACCCUUCAAGUUCUAUUGAAUUACCAGGAUUACCAUUAUUGUUUUCUUCACGUGAUUUACCUUCGUUUCUAUUAGCGUCUUGUCCAGAUGCUUACUCUUUAAUGACUUCAUUCUUUGAAGAACAAUUCAACGAGCUUGAUGUAGAAACAAACCUAACAAAAACAAUACUUGUUAACUCCUUUGAAUCAUUGGAACCAAAAGCGUUGAGAGCCGUUAAAAAAUUUAACAUGAUCUCAAUUGGACCGUUGAUUCCUUCAGAGCAUUUGGACGAGAAGGAUUCAACGGAGGAUAAUUCAUAUGGAGGUCAGACUCACAUCUUUCAACCUUCUAAUGAUUGUGUUGAAUGGUUGGACUCAAAACCAAAAUCUUCUGUGGUUUAUGUUUCAUUUGGUAGUUACUUUGUUUUGUCUGAGAGACAAAGGGAGGAAAUUGCACAUGCUUUGUUGGAUUGUGGAUUUCCAUUCUUGUGGGUUCUUAGGGAGAAAGAAGGUGAGAAUAAUGAGGAAGGUUUUAAAUAUAGAGAGGAGUUAGAAGAGAAGGGGAAGAUAGUGAAAUGGUGUUCUCAAAUGGAGAUUCUUUCACAUCCUUCAUUGGGUUGUUUUUUGACACACUGUGGUUGGAAUUCAACUUUGGAAAGCUUGGUAAAAGGGGUUCCUAUGGUGGCGUUUCCACAAUGGACAGAUCAGAUGACUAAUGCAAAGUUAAUUGAAGAUGUGUGGAAGAUAGGAGUAAGAGUGGAUGAAGAAGUGAAUGAAGAUGGAAUUGUGAGAGGGGAUGAAAUUAGGAGGUGUUUGGAGGUGGUGAUGGGGAGUGGAGAGAAAGGAGAGGAAUUGAGAAGGAGUGGAAAGAAAUGGAAGGAGUUGGCUAGAGAAGCAGUGAAGGAAGGUGGCUCUUCAGAAAAGAAUCUGAGGAGUUUUUUGGAUGGGGUUGUUGGAUGAUGAUGUAGAUGUGUAUGGCUAAAAAAGGCAUAGUUAAGGUGGACCACGAUUACUACAAGUUAGAAUUGUCAAUGAUGGAAUAAUAUUUCACCAAAAAUAUGUCAUAGGCAUAGUUUAAUAUAUCAUAUGCUUUUUUUGGGUUAAGAAUUGUGUAGUCGGAAUUUCACCAUCUUACAAUGAAUAAAUGAAGAAUCUCGGCUCAUAUAUAUUGUAAUGUUUCAAUUAAGUCAAUUAUAUUUAGUAGA